AUGACUAAAAUUAGUGACAGUGAAAAUACCGAACAACCGGAACAACUCAGUACAAGUACCUUCAGUAACCAGCUCGAAGUCACGACAGCUCACGUUGCUUCUACAGCCGAGAUUUUCGCAGAAUCGUUGGAUAACCAGAAAAAGAAAAAUGAUACGUUUGGAGUUAGCGAAGAUCCAGCUCAAUGGCUUAUAAACGAUAAGACCAGAGACUGGAUAGCGAUGAACGGAGUGCAGCAAAAUAUGAAUAUCGAUUUUGCCCAAAGCCACCGCGUGUACGAAGACCGCACGCGUCAUUUAUCGAAGUCAUUGUUUAAACGGCAACUUUUGAAUGGAGAGAAAGCAAACCGAAGUUGGUUAAUUUAUUCUCCAAGCACUGGUCGAGUUUAUUGUGGGCCGUGUCUUGCGUUUGAUGGUGCUACCCAGUUUGGCAGCGUAGGGUUCAAUGAUUGGAAAAACGCUCAUAGUCGGGUCGCGCAACACGAGAAUUCCUCAACCCAUAAAUCGUGCAUUUUGAAAAUGAAGCAGAGAGGAAAUGUUCUCGGUCGAAUCGAUCAGCGGCUCACAGCACAGCUUAAUGAGGAAACAACGUAUUGGAGGAAUGUUUUAAAACGUGUAGCGGCAACUAUAAAAGCUUUAGCAUCUAGAGGACUACCAUUCAGAGGUCAUGACGAAAAGUUCGGUUCGGCAAAUAAUGGAAAUUAUUUGAUGUCUCUGGAGCUACUGGCUGAAUUUGAUCCAUUUCUGGCUGAUCAUAUUUCGAGGUAUGGCAAUCCGGGUAGUGGACGUACAAGUUAUAUGUCGUCGACGAUUUGCGAUGAAUUUAUCAAACUAAUGGCCGAUACAGUGCUUCGUACUAUCGUAAGUGAGAUCAAGUCAGCGAAAUACUUCUCCAUGAUGAUAGACUCUUCACCAGACAUAUCGCAUGUUGAUCAGUUAACGUUCGUAAUCCGUUACGUUCAAAAUGAUGGUUCGCCGAUCGAGCGCUUCCUUCAAUUUAUCCCCAAUACAGGUCAUAAAGCGCAAGAGAUGACAGACGCUGUCACUUCAGCCCUGAAAAAAUUUGAAAUCGAAAUCUCGAACUGUCGUGGUCAGUCAUAUGACAAUGCUUCCAAUAUGUCCGGCGUUUACAACGGACUGCAGGCACAAAUAAAAAAACUGUCCCCGGAAGCAGCGUAUAUUCCCUGUGCAGCUCAUUCGCUAAAUCUUGUUGGGCAAUCGGCAGCAGAAAGUUGCGAAGAAGCUUGUUGGUUUUUCGGACUUCUGCAAGAAGUGUACAAUUUUUUUACUGCAUCAACACAUCGCUGGGAGAUCUUAAAAGCUCAACGUCACUCCAAAGAAGAGUUGAAAGCGGGAUCAGGGACAAGUACCGUAAAAAGCUUGUCGACAACUCGUUGGUCUGCUCGUGCAGAUGCAUGCAAAAGUUUGUUGGAGUCUUGGCACGAAAUUUAUACAGCGCUGUACACCUUCGAAAAUGAUUCAACCGAAAAACCGAUCAGUCGAUCUGAAGCCAAAGGAAUUCGAUUGAAAUUGGACCGAUUGGAGACGGCAUUCAUGACCGUUUUUUGGGGUUUCCUACUCAAUCGGUUGAAUAUUGCUAAUAGAAAAUUGCAGGCUGUAAACGUUGACAAAUUUACUGCUAUUCAGAUUUACGACUCAUUAAUCGGUCUCAUGUGCGAAACUCGGAAUAACUUCGAUGAAUAUGAGAAAAAAGCGCUGAACCUGUCUGAAACAGGAGAAUAUGAAAAAGAACUGAAGCGCAAAAGAAAACGAAAACUCCAUUCUGACGAGUCGGCCGAACAAACGGAAAUGAGUGGUCGGGAAAAAUUACGGGUCUCCACGUUUUUGGUCAUCAUAGAUAAACUUCUUUGCGAGCUUCGAAAACGACGACAGGCAUAUCAGCAAUUUCACGACAAAUUUUCGUUUCUUACAAAUCUGACGAAUCUAAGCCCAGCUGAAGUAAAAGAGAGGGCUGCAGCAUUAUAA